GUUUUGAGAAUGACACAAAUAUUAGUUUUCACAAAGUUUGCUGCUAAACUGCUUUUAGAUCUUUGUUUCAGUUGUUUCUGUGAUGUACUGAAAUAUAAUUACAAGCACUUCAUAUGUUUCAAAGGCUUUUAUCAACAAUUACAUGACAUUUAUGCAAAGAGUCAGUAUUGGCCCUUCUUUUUCAGGACCUCUGCAAUUCGACUGGGCAUGCUCUCAAUCAACUUCUGGGCCAAAUCCUAACUGAUAGCAACCCAUUCUUUCAUAAUCACCUCUUGGAGUUUGUCAGAAUUAGUGGGUUUUUGUUUGUCCUCUGGGUACUCCGGUUUCCUCUCACAGUCCAAAGAUAUGCAGGUUAGGCUAAUUGGUUCUCAAAUUGCCCAUAUUGUGUAAAUGGGUGUGAGUAUGUGUGCCCCCCAAUAAAUUGGCACUCUGUCCAGGGUGUACUCUGCCUUGUGUCCUAAGCCUCCUGGGAUAGGCUCCAGGCCCCCUGCGACCCUGAAUACAGGAUAAAGCGGUACAGAAGGUUUGCUGGUGCUGGAUCACCUUGGUAUCCUGUAAACAACCCAUAAACAGAGCUUUAGCGCUGCUUGUGUCUGUCGGUGCAACACGCAGAUGUUAUAAAGUUUAGCAUGGAGACAGAAAGGCAUUCAAAACCUCCUAAAGACAAAGCAACUUCAGUGAAAGGACUAACACAGACCUGGCAGAAAUGGUCUGAAGAUCACAAGGAUUAUCAGAAACAUAAUCCAUUCACUACUGAUGAGGUCCUUCGUCUUGAUUGGGGUCAGGAGGACUAUGGCCGACCUCGGGAGGGUUCUCACACCGAGCGUAGAGGGAAGGAAGCGCACUCCCACAUCGGCAGAGAGGUGACAGAGCUGUGCCAGGUUAUUAGAGAACUUGGGCACAGGCGAGAAGAUGGAGGAUGGGAAGUUCAGUUUGGCUUGCUGUUUGAAUAUUACGUCCCAAUUUCGAACAAGCUGGUUGGAAUCCUGCUCCGGGCACGAAAACAAGGCCUGGUGCAAUUCGAGGGAGAGAUGCUGUGGCAAGGAAAAGAUGAUCAAGUGCUUAUCACACUGCUUCCAUAAGUAAUUGUUAAAAUACAAAAGAAUAAUAUUCGUUUUAUUAUACUGAAUUGAUUUUGAAUAAGGUCAAUGUUCUUUCUCUGAGUGGGUUCGCAGUUCUGAAUUGCUUGAGUGGACUUGAAACAUGCAUUAAAGGAUCUGUAUGUAAUUAAACCCCUCUGCUGUC